CGAGCUAGUAGUACUCUGGGAUGAAAAUGGCGUCGAAGAAAAUUGUACUUUGUGGAGCAGGGUUCAUAGGCAAGCAUAUUGCGAAAUGUAUCGCGUCCAACCCUGUCGUUCCCCGCCGAAUACAACUCUCUUCGCGCAAUCCCACCGCUCUCCUCGAAACCCUCCAAACUGAAAUUCCCUCAGAGAUCCUAUCCGCUGUCCCGGUCGACAUCACAAAACCCGGUACGCUCCAACCCGCGUUCGAGGAUGCCCAUACGGUCGUUUCGAUGGUGGGGCUCUUGCAUGGCUCGCUUUCAGACUUCGAGAAAAUACAAGUCAAAGGGGCAGAAAACGCUGCCCUGGCUGCUAAGGAGGCUGGAGCGAGGCUGAUUCACUUCAGUGCCAUCGGCGCAGACGCGACGAGCGACAUUGCGUACGCCAAGACGAAGGCGUUGGGAGAGCGAGCUGUGAGAGAGGCUUGCCCGGACGCAACUAUCAUACGACCUAGCUUGGUUUUCGGACCUGAAGAUGAUUUCUUUAAUAGAUUCGCCAAACUUUCCGCUUUCUUGCCCUUCCUUCCUGUCUUCAACGACGGCACAUCCAAGUUCCAGCCUGUUUAUGCGGGAGAUUUGGGUAAAGGAGUUGAGUUGAUGACUAGAGGGGAUCCUGCAAUCGAGAGGGAAAUAUCGGGGAAGAUUCUCGAAGCUGGUGGUCCCACAGUACACGACUUCAGGCAGCUGAUGGCAUUCGUACUGAAGUAUAUCCCUCGCACUCGUCCAAUCAUUUCUUUACCACUCUCGGUCGGAAUGGUACAAGCCGCCGUCAUGGAGAAACUUCCUGUUAACUUAUUCACAAUAACGAGAGACCAGAUCAAGCAACUGCAACUCGAUAACGUCGUAAACCCGAAUCCUGGGCCAGACGCGGUGGACUUCCAUGACUUCCUGUGGAAGCACCUGAAACAACCACCGACCUCCCUGCACACUAUCCUUCCCAGCUACCUCUCGUAA